AUGAACUACCGCUUUGGCGUUGUAAUUCAUGGCGUUCUGUUUACCUUCUCUUCGCAUUUUGUUCUACUUCUCCUCCAGUUUGUGGAUGAUGAUGACUGGUCCAACGAUGAUUCUGACGAGUAUGACUCCGAUGAACUCACUUCUGAUUGGGACAGCGAGUGGGAGACAGUUUCCGAAACGUCUUCCGAGGAUGAAGACAAACCUUCAAAGGAGGACACGGAAACGCAGCCUGUGACACGCGCAGAAGUGGGUCAAGCUGACUCUCCAUACAAAGAAUCUGUCCGGCAAGCAGCCUCUCUAGUUUUGCAGGCAUACAAUCACACCGAGGCAGCACGUCAGCUGUUCUCCGAUCGUCGGACGUUUGUCUUCUGGGUGCUUCGUCGUUUUGUCGCCGUUCCCGAUGAGUUGGACACUGUUGUGGAUCAGCUUGGCACACUGCUCGCAGCCGCAGCGGUCUCUCCGGACUACACUAUCCCCUCCACCGUCUGCCCAAAUACACCCAAUGCGGUUGCGUCACAAUCAUCUAGUCAGUGUUUGUCACCAGCCAAGCCGUGGAGUCACGAAGAGGAAUCUGAAGCGAUCGCCGUAACUGACAAACUUCAGCUCACCCGGACUGUCAUCCAACAGGCAUAUCAUCUGUGUCACGAUUAUCGUCUGAAAAAAUUGUAUACCAAAUGUGAUCAUCGAGAACUGUUCUCCCAGAAAUAUGUGGAGGGUAUUCUGAAAUCCAUUGAAAUCGAUGCCAAUCUGGAUUUAUCACAUGGUCCUUCUGGUGUAGGUUCGCAACAAUCAGCCGAGGACAACCACAUGGGCGGCGACACAAAGGAUGACUCUGUAUUUGAGCAUUCUAUGCAUAAAUCCAGUUCAUCUCAUCUGGAUAUCGCCAACUUUUGCUCCAUUGUGCGAAACCAAUACGUUCUUGAUCCUGAAAUACUGGUGGCUCUUAGACUGAGUCUUAUGAAGGUCCUCAUUGUCCCCGACUCAAUGCACCCGUUCACCUCGACCGACGAGAACUGGCGUGGCCGGAUCCAUUACUGCACAAUCCAAUCGGACUCCGGGGUGGAUGAAGCCCAUCCGGCCUACAUGCUUGUCAGCUCGUCUCUAUUCGCCCAACUCACUCGUUACCUCAACGUUGUACAUAACCGACUUCUGGAACAGCUCUCGGAAUUUGGUACCCAAGCCUCUGCAUGGCUUGGGGAAAUGGCUCCAGAUUUGCUCUCUCCAGCCGAUAAAUCUGCGCACGACGAAUCAGCAGAGUUCGAUCAGUGUCCACUUGUCUCAGCACCUGCAUCGAUUGAACAAGAGCUUAGUAACGACAAGCAUCCUGACGACAAGGCGUUAAUGCGACGCGAUUCGCGUCGCGAGAGUCGGGCAAUGAUUACAGUGGAUUCCAUUCCAGAUGAAUACCGAGAAGGGCACGUCUGUCUAUCUCUCCUCGGCACUUGGAGCGGGAAGGGUCUAGAAAACUGGAACGCCGAGUCUUCCAAUCUGCUCCAAUUAGUUGUCUCUCUACAAGGCCUGAUCCUGAACUCCGAACCGUACUUCAAUGAGGCCGGAUUCGAGUUGUGCCGCGGCGCAGAGGGCACAUCCGAACGGAGUCGGGUGUACAACGAAUCCGUUGUGGCCACGCUUGUCCAGUCCAUGGUUAGUCUGCUAGCCAAUCCCGUGCCUGUAUUUGAGACACAGAUUGUGCAACACUGCAAACUCUUCGGAGAGGCCUACGUGUCUCUUUUGAACUUUUGGGCAACAUUGGACGAAUCGGAGUACGAACGUCGGAUUCGCUGUGGCAACAGCCGUCCUCCUCAGUCCAUCAAGCUGCCCGAGUUCCCAUUGGCUCCAGUUUCCAAAGGCUUCCAAAUAUCCGUUCGGCGACACAGUGAAGAAUUCUUACGUCUAGUCGUAGCCUUGACGCAAAGUGACGGAUGAACUCCGCGUUCAGCUUAAGCGCCCGCCCUCCCUUAUGCUCUUACUUCUUUGGCAGGCCAUCCAAGCAAUUUGUUUUUCUUUCCCACGAAAUUUUGGGAUAUUCUGGUUUUCCAUUAUGGGCAUUUCAUCAUCGUCGCACUGUGUACCCUAGCGAUUUGCAAUCGCUUCUAUUGGGCUUCUUACUUUUGAGAUACGGUAUUUAUUUUUCAUAUAAGAAAUAUUUCGUUUCCUUCGUGAACUCAUGAUCACGUUCUACAUGCGUUGUGUUUUCUUACUCUGUCGUUCUGAUAACGCUUCUGGGUUCCCAGAUGAACCCAUGUUCCCGCAUCUGCAUCUUGCUGUUACUUUUUAUUCAACUCUUCAGAUUGAGUUGAUCCCAACUUCUUGAUUUGUAGAAAUUUCAACUUUCAACUGGACUAGUUAUUUGUCGUGGAUCUGUGCUGUCUUCUCGUACCUUACUGAUAGGUAACCGCUGAUGAUACCUUUAUAUUUCUUAAGGUUGUACUUCGAGCAGAUUUCGUCAGUUAUACUAACUCCGUUCACUCUGUC